GUAAAGAGUAGGAAGAGAGGAAGUGUUAGAGUGUUCUCUGUCUGUCAUUGUGUGCUGCACAGUAACCUGUCAGGGCUUCCAAUGGAUCUCAGCUGUGACUGUUGCCAUAUUUUGGGAGUGGCCCUUGGGGCGUUAUUGUUAUUUGUAUUGCUCGGGAUAGCUCAUCGCCUUGGCGUUAUCUACCAACUCUUUCACAAGGUGGAAACAAAUAGUUCACGUCAUGGUGGAGAGCUUGUGGCCAAUUUAUUACGGGCUCAUGGAGUACGCUAUGUUUUUACCUUAGUUGGAGGGCAUAUAUCUCCCAUACUGGUCGCUUGUGAAAAGUUGGGCAUCCGUGUGGUGGACACGAGGCAAGAGGCCACCGCAGUUUUUGCUGCCGAUGCUGUAGCCAGACUCUCUGGCACAGUGGGGGUGGCUGCAGUAACCGCGGGUCCUGGCUUAACCAACACGGUAACAGCCAUUAAAAAUGCUCAAAUGGCGGAGUCCCCGCUCCUACUCAUUGGUGGAUCAGCAGCAACUCUUCUACAGGGUCGGGGAGCUCUCCAAGAUAUAGACCAGAUGUCACUAUUUAAGCCAAUUUGUAAAUUCUGUGCCUCUGUUAGGACAGUACGCCAGAUCGUUCCUGUGCUAAGGAAAGCUAUGGCUCUCGCUCAGUCUGGAACACCAGGACCAGUGUUUGUUGAAUUUCCUAUUGAUAUUUUGUAUCCGUACCAUGUUGUCCACAAAGAACUGUCCCCAAAAGGUGUUCCAAAAGGAAUUGUAGGCAAAGUUAUCAACUGGUACUUACAGAAUCACCUUAAAAAUUUGUUUGCUGGAGCCUGGGAACCUUGUGAUGUUUCACCUCUCCAGGUCUCUAUCCCUCUUGCCACGGCUGACCAGGUUCAGCGGUGUAUAGAGCUGGUGAGCCGUGCAAAAAAGCCAGUAUUCCUUUUGGGUAGCCAGGUCACCCUUCCUCCUAUUCCUGUAGAAAAACUCAGAAAAUCUUUGGAGUCUUUAGGCAUCCCUUGUUUCUUGGGAGGUAUGGCAAGAGGCAUGAUGGGAAAGGACAGUCCUUUGCACAUUCGUCAGAAUCGAAGGGAUGCCUUGAAGGAAGCAGAUCUGGUCAUUCUGGCUGGCACAGUCUGUGAUUUCCGUUUAUCAUAUGGCCGUGUUCUGAACCGUCGCAGUAAAAUCAUUGCUGUAAAUAGAGAUCGAUCUCAGCUCUUGAAGAACUCCGAUAUGUUCUGGAAACCAACUGUUGCAAUACAAGGGGAUGCUGGCUCCUUUAUAGUCAAUCUCUCAGAGGGACUCAAGGGAUAUACCUGUCCCUCCGACUGGACAGAACAACUGAAGUCAGGAGAUGUCACUAAAGAAAAAACAAAUAAGCAAAAAGCUGAAGAGAAAACUGAAAGACAUUUAAAUCCUCUUAAGGUUUUGCAUUUGGUGGAUGAAGAAAUGGCAGACGAUAGUAUCAUUGUAGCAGAUGGAGGAGACUUUGUAGGAAGUGCUGCGUACAUCCUACGCCCCAGAGGUCCACUGCGCUGGUUAGAUCCAGGUGCAUUUGGUACUCUCGGUGUUGGUGGUGGAUUUGCUUUGGGGGCUAAGCUGUGCCGCCCAGAUUCAGAGGUGUGGAUUGUAUUUGGAGAUGGAUCAUUAGGAUACAGCAUUGUAGAAUUUGAUACUUACACACGUCAUAAGACUCCAGUGAUUGCGCUUAUUGGAAAUGAUGCUUGCUGGAGUCAGAUUUCUCGAGAACAAGUUCCAAUGUUGGGAAGCAAUGUUGCCUGCAGCCUGGCCUAUAAUGAUUAUCACACUGUGGCAGAAGGAUUCGGUGGAAAAGGCUUCCUGGUCACUCGACAGGAUGACGAUAGAAUAGUUGACAUCAUCAAGGAGGGACAGAAAGCUUGCAAGAAUGGGAAAGCUGUACUAAUCAAUGUGUUAAUUGGGAAAACAAAUUUUAGAGAAGGAUCUAUUUCUGUAUAAAACUUUGUUUUCCUCUCUUUACGUGUCGAUGAGAAGGACUCAGAAAUGGUAACAGAUCACAUCUGUUCUGGGUAGAUGCUAAAUGUUCUUUGUCCAUUCUGGGGCCAAUGGAUUUCUUUUUGGGUAUCCGAGUUGCUUUUCCAUUUUUGUGAAAAUGGUGCUUGGAAGCAUCUUCUGUUCCGGUAUAAUUAAUAUAGUUGUUGCCCAUGUGGCACCCAAACAGUGUAAAAGUGAACUCAGGGAAACUAUGCACUUAAUUGUGAAUCAAAAUCGUAAAAUCUCACAGUGAAAUUAAAGUAAAAUAAUAUCUGUUUAAAUAGAAGAGGAGGUAUGUAUUGUAAUAUUACUAAUUAGAACUACCUACUUUAUUACAUUCCAUUUCAUAGUUGAAAUUUGGUUUGCUUGAAAUCCAGUUUACAUUUUACAAGUUCGGUUGUUACUCUUUGUUUUCUUAUUGUAACAAUACAAUCUUUAGGCAUUAAUACUUGAUGUAAGAUAAAUCAUUUUGAGUAUAUUUGUAUCCUAUGUUGUUGGAGCAUAUUACAUCCUCUUGCCUUAGGAACUAUACUAUAGAGGUGUUGUUUUUUUGUUCUCAUUUGAAGAAUAGAAAAAAAUGGAAUAGUGCUGUUUGGUGGGUCCAAACAAAACCUAACAAGGGUCUUUCAGAAGCUUAAUAUUACGUAAUAUUGUUCAUAAUAUUACUCUUCUGUUGGCACGUGAAAGUAUAUUUUAAGUUAGAAGUGCUGUUGCUGUUUUUUUUUUUUUUUUUCUGUUCACCUGUCGUUAGGACUAAAACUGCUAAUUUGUUUUAGAUUAUGAUUUGCUGUGUGUCUGCCACUACAUUUUGUUUUUAUUACUUUUUUAUUUUUAGUAUAAACUUAAAAACAAAUCUGGCAGCACCUCUUCCAUUUUCAUUUCAUUCGUAGAGAUUAAAGUUGGCAAAUUCUGAACAUUGAUAAGGAUUAAUACGAUUAUUUCUUAGCACUUUUUCUUCUCCUGGAUGUCAUCCAAGGUGACGAGGUUGGGGAUGUCCCUCCAUGAUUAUACAGUAGGCAGUGCACAGGAAGUAGAUUUAAAGCCAUGAAAGGGAAUAUUAAUAGAUUUUUAAAGUGUCACUUUUAGUACCUUAACUACUAUAGAUCAUUGUAGUUUUUGAGAUACUUUGUUUCUGUGGGUGUCAUCCCCUGGUUUUCUGUUAACAUGUUUUGUAGCAGUUUGAUAAAACCCUGGUUUCUCUCCAGGACCUAUAGCCUGCACUCUCUGCAGCUAUACUGAUAAUAUAGAAGUUACAAUUCCAUGUUAUCAAGUGCGAUUCCAUCCAAUCUUGAAACACAAUGACAGGCUGAGAGUGUGGAACUAACACAGCCCAGCUUAGCUUCACCUUUAAACUGCACAUGUUUUUUUCUCUGUUGUGUCUUUGCCUAAUAACAUCUUUGAAAAAUUUGGAUUGCAAUCCAUUCAUAUUUUGCCUUAUAAUUUACGUAAGUAGGCAGGAAUUUGUAGUUAAUUAUUUUUAUUGGAAACCUUCUAUUUAGACAUGUUUUGUUCUGUAUAUUUUAAUUUCAAUCUGUACCAAUACAUCAGUUGGUAUAUGUUAAGUUCUAUGUUAGCAGCCUUAGUGUUAUGAAGGGUACGGUUACUGGUCAGUUUUAAGAAACUUUCAU